AUGAAGAAACGCUAUGUGGACCCGAGCAGGCUACGGAAAAUGAAAAAACUGAAAAUAACGGAGAAGCUGUCUGAGAGUGCGUACACCUUCCUGAAGUUUAUGGUGAUGUGGACGCUGGUACUGCUGGCAGAUUUCAUUUUGGAAUUCAGGCUGGAGUACCUGUGGCCGUGCUGGCUCUUCUUUGGGAGUGUUUACACGACUUUCCACUGCCACGGGCUGGUAAUUUGUGUCGUUUUUAUUUGUGCUGCCUUCACUCUUGACAUCUUUUGUUUAAUUUUUGUUCCUUUGCACUGGCUGUUCUUUGUGGCGAGCACCUAUGUAUUAUUCAAUUACAUCUGGCACACAGAGAAGGGCAUCUGUAUAUCGACAGUCUCCCUGUGGAUUCUUCUUGUGUACACAGAGGCGUCACUUCGACUUAAAGACCUUAAAACAUCUCAUGCCAACUUGUCUCAUCUUUUUGCUGCUCACUGGCUGGAGCAAGAGCUGAGGAGGCUGAAAGGCGAGCUGCAAGUGAGCCGACAGAGUGAGCAGGAGCUGCGGAGUCACAUCUGCAACUUGACCAACAGCGAGAGGAGCCUGAGACCAGAGGUGUCCCUGCUCAGACAGUCCAACAUGCUGCUCCAGAGCAAGAUUCUGUGUCUGAGCAAAACCAAGCAGAGGGACAAACAGACCAGCGCGAUGCUGGAGAAGAAGACCAGAGCAGAGACAGAGGCGAGACUCUCUGUUGAGAAACAGUUGGCUGAGCUUCAGGCUCAGAAACUGGAGGAGGCGGCCAGCACGGCACGCAAUCUGUCAAACAGGCAGGAACACUCUGAAACCCAAAUGUUAAGGAAAAGAGUAAAAGAUCUAGAGACAGAGUACAAACAACUACAGCUGGAGUAUCAAGUGAAAGAGAGUCGUGUGGUAGAUCUAGAGAGUGAUGUUGAGGCUCUGGGAAAGUACCGCUGUGUGGAGAAAGAGACGGACAUGCUGCUGUCCACUCUGUCAGCCAUGCAGGAGAAGGCUCAGCACCUGGAGUACAACCUGAGCGCAGAGACUCGCAUCAAACUGGAUCUGUUCUCAGCUCUGGGAGACGCCCGCAGACAACUGGAAAUUGCUCAAGAUAAAGUGAUGAAACAGGACAGGGAGAUAAGUGAGAUGAAGCAGAAGAUUGCAGAGGUGAUGGCCGUCAGCCCCAACGUUUCCUACAUGGCCCCUCGUCCUCCGGUGCCACAGUAUCUCACCAAGUUACUCAACUCCGAGCGCUACAUGUUGAAUCCAAGAGCGCUAAUGUACCAGUGUCUGAAGAAAUAA